CCGCCCGCACCGGCCAGCGCGCCCCCUGCCGGCCCUGCGGCUGGUCGGCUGCGCGCAGGGAGCCUUGGAGGACCUGGCCCACGUGUGUUCUGUUUUCUCACCCUGGAGCAGCCUGCGCAAGUGGUAGUUUAGGCCCGCUACAAAGCGGGGUGCGUGCUGGGAGCGAUUUCUUCAUGGAGGCCCAAUUAGGCGGCACCGCCUUGAAGGGAAGCGCUUCUGCUGGAUGGGCAGAGUGCAGAGCCUGUGGAUUAGAAUAAGGCACAAAUGAGUGAUGAAGGAGACAUGCGGCAUUUGCAGAAGUUAAAAGCGUGGCCGCCAAGCUGAAGCUGCUCACAUCCCCAGCAGCCGGCGUUGGGACCUAAUACUUCUCUACGUCUCCCUUAUGGCUCGGAUUAUUGCCUCUCUAGGGCCUGGUCUGGACGUGGAAUUCUUAAGGGCAGCAGAAGUCAAGCUUGAAGUUCUGGUUAGUUGGGUCUGGACUAAUGGAAAGGCGAAAAGAAGGUGCCAUCUGUGGAGGUUCAGUGUUUCAGGUCAAGAGAGUGUUACAGUAAGAUAGCCACAUGCUCCUGGUUUUCCAGCACCGUGUGCAUUUCAAGCAUGCAUGAGUCAAAGCCUGCCAAACCUGUAUUUCAACAAAGGAAUCAAGUCAAUGCCCACAAUGGUACAAAUGUCUGUAAAUCACAAAAAUAUGAGAAUCAUACUGUUGGAACAACAGCUCUUGAGCGUGCUAAUUUGGUCUUAGACUGUAGCUGCAUGUGCAGUAUGUAAUUUGAGGUCUACCUGCAUAUACAUUUUGAUCAAAUGGUGGAUGUUUGAUAGUUAAAAUUGCCAUUCUCUGAGUCACAAUAUGACCAGUUAUGAAGAAAAACAAUCCAGAUUUCCUUGGAAAGGAAAUUUAGUUUUAUAAUUUUAUUUUAAAUGUAGUAGUUAAAAUUUUAAAGUUAGGCCUUGUUAGGCUAUUAAAAGGGAUAUUUUCAUUACUGAAUAAGACACUUUCAACUGAGCUCAAUGGAGCAGCAAGGCCAGCACUGUAAGGCUGGUGGCAGGGCUCCCCUCCCUCCCUAGAUCAAAAAGAAAAGGCUCAUGAGACCAGACCCACCAAGGACAACUGCCAGGCUCUGCUGUAAACUACCACACCUGGAUGUACACUCAGAUAAGACAGUUUCGGUUCCUGGAUUCCACAAAUACCGCCAGCCCAGCCCCUCCUAUUUCUCAAUAACUGCCGAAGGUCAGAGUGGAAAAUCCCCAGCUCUUCCCGCCAAAAGUCUGCCGCCCACCUCAAACAAUAUAAAAGCCCUCAUCCCUUUCAAAGGGCCACAACUUCUCCCCCCCCUCCUUGGGACCCACGAACCUCCCCCGGGAGCACUCAAUAAAGCCACGUUGUUUGGCCUCACUGUCUCUCUCUGUCUGCUUCUUUCGCUGCCAGAAAACCUUACAAGCACCACCUGUAUAAUAUAGGUAAUAUUACCACAAAUUUAUUACAUGUUCCUUCCUCCAGUAGGAACUCAUUAAGGUAACGGUGACAUUCGAUGAUGUGGCCUUAUAUUUUUCGGAGCAAGAGUGGGAGAUCCUGGAGAAAUGGCAGAAGGAAAUGUAUAAGCAAGAGAUGAAGACCAAUUAUGAGACCCUUGAUUCCUUGGGCUGUGCUUUUUCCAAACCAGAUUUGAUCACAUGGAUGGAACAAGGGAGAAUGCUAUUAAUUGGAGAUCAGGAAUGCUUAGAUGAAAGAAGAAUGACAAUUAGCCCUUCUGAUGAGCAGCUGGGCUUGAAGAACACUGAAAAGUCACCAUGUUUUGGCAACCAAGGAACUCUCGGGACAAAAGAAGAGGAAUCUCAUUUAAAUGGUCUUCAAAAGCAUGACUUGUGUGCUACUUUAUCAGGGAACGGGAGAAAGAUUUUAUCAGAUGAAAGAACCACCUUCCAAUCUCCAAGUCUCCAAGAAACAGAGACUCUAUAUAAAAAACUCAAUGUCACAGCAUCUAAUCAGGACAAGAAAGACCCAUGGCAUAAGCCUCCGGAUACCCCAGGUCACUUGGAAAUUCCGGCAGGCCCAAGAUUUUAUCCCUGCCGUGUCUGUGGGAAAGUCUUCCAGGUAAAGAGUGACUUGGUAAACCACAAAAGGAGCCACUCCAAGAACCAGCCCUAUAAAUAUCCAAAGCACAAAAGCAAAUCCAGAGGGAAACCUGAACUCAGGCGGAGCCAGAGGUUCCCGUGUAAGAAGAAACGGUUCCAGUGCAAUGAGUGUGAGAAGAGCUACUAUCUGAAGGGCAGCCUCGUCACUCACCAGGUUGUCCACACAGGACAGCGGCCCUACCCGUGCCCUGAGUGUGACAAGACGUUCCGGUAUCGAGCCAACUUGAAGAAGCACCUGUGUCUGCACAAAGGGGAGAGGCCGUUUCGCUGCGGGGAGUGCGGCAAGGGCUUCGUGGAGCAGUGCGAGCUCACCGAGCACCUCCGGCUGCACAGUGGGGAGAAGCCUUUCCGGUGUCCGGUGUGUGACAGGAGCUUCCGCCUGAAGAGAGGGAUGAAGGUCCACCUUUCCCAGCACAGCGGGAAGAAGCCCUUCCACUGUCCAGAGUGUGGCAGAAGCUUUUCUCGGGAGGCUACCUUGAAGACCCACCGAAGGACACACAGUGCAGAGAAGCCGUUUUCUUGUGGUGAAUGUGGGAGGAAAUUCAUCUACAAGGUCAAACUGGACGAGCACAUCAGAGUGCACACCGGAGAGAAGCCCUUUGCGUGCCCCGAGUGCGAUAAAAGCUUCCGCCUGAAGAGAAGCCUAAAAGCCCAUCGGCUGCAGCACGGUGGGAAGAAGCCCUUCCAGUGCCCGGAGUGCGGUAAGAGCUUCUUCUGGAGGAACGCCAUGAGGGCCCACCAGCGCCUGCACAGCGAGGAGAAGCCGUUCUCCUGCGGGGAGUGCGGCAAGAGGUUUACCCGGCCCUCCAAGCUCGCCUGCCACCGCAGAGUCCACGGCAGGCAGAAGGAGUUCCGCUGCGCCGAGUGCGCAAAGACCUUCGCUCACCAGUCAGGGCUCACCCAGCACCGCAAGAUCCACACGGCGGAGAGGCCGUUCCCCUGUGCCGAGUGCGGCCGGAGCUUCCGCCGCCGCGCGCACCUCGCCGAGCACCUGAGGCUCCACAGCGGGGAGGAGCCUUUCCAGUGUCCCGAGUGCGACAAGAGCUUCUCCUGGAAGGCCUCCAUGAAGUUCCACCAGCGCGCACACAGGGGCGAGAAGCCCUUCCGGUGCGGCGAGUGCGGCAGGACUUACACGCACCGGUCUCAGCUCGCUGAGCACCUGAGAGUCCACAGCGGAGAGAAGCCCUACCAGUGUCCCGAAUGCGCUAAAAGCUUCCGUCUCAAAGGGAAUUUGAAAAGCCACCUGCUGCAGCACAGUGGCAAAAAGCCAUUCUCUUGCGUCGCGUGUGGCAAGAGUUUCGCCCAGCAGUACAGGCUCACGGAACACAUGCGGGUCCACAGUGGCGAGAAGCCCUUCCAGUGUCCGGAGUGUGACAAGAGCUACUGCAUACGGGGGAGUUUGAAGGUCCAUUUGUAUACGCACAGCGGAGAGAGGCCCUUCCGGUGUCCUGAGUGCGGCAAGGGCUUCCUGCAGAAGAGAAGUCUGAAGGCCCAUCUGUACCACCACAGUGGGGAGAGGCCUUUUUCCUGUGAUGAGUGCGGAAGGAGCUUCACCUACGUGGGGGCCCUCAAGACCCACACUGCACUGCAUGCCAAGGAAAAGCCCUCCCGUCUCUAGGCCAAACCACACGGCAGUCAGGCAGUGACGUCUUCUAGGGGGAGCCAGCAGCUCUGUUGGCUCGAGGCAGGGUGAAGAAUUCUCAGAACGGCCGGGCGGGCGCGGUGGCUCACGCCUGUCAUCCUAGCUCUCUGGGAGGCCGAGGCAGGUGGAUCGCUCGAGGU